UCAGUGAGUUUUUCUUUAGUGCCAACUAGUGCACAACAGCCACCUGCAACCAAGCCACCACCAGCUACCAUCACUGCCUCUCAGUCUGUAUUGACAACCAUGCCCCCUGGAGAGCCCUGUAGAGAGUCGCUAGAUGUGGGCCAUGGCAAGACAGUUAAGCUGCCACCAGCUACCACAACUGUCCCUUUGUGGACAACCAAGCCCCCUGGAGAGCCCUGUAGAGAGUCGCUAGAUGUGGGUCAUGGCAAGACAGUUAAGCUGCCACCAGCUACCACAACUGUCCCUUUGUGGACAACCAAGCCCCCUGGAGAGCCCUGUAGAGAGUCGCUAGAUGUGGGUCAUGGCAAGACAGUUAAGCUGCCACCAGCUACCACAACUGUCACUUUGCGGACAACCAAGCCCCCUGGAGAGCCCUGUAAAGGGUCGUUAGUUGUGAAGCAACCUUCUGCCUUCACAGAAUUGAUGAGGCCCACAGUAACAGAAUUUCCCUUCAUCGAGAGCUGGCGCGCCUGUGUGCCAGAGGUGGACCAACAGUGGAUCUCUAAAGCCCUGUUCACUUACAGCAGUAAUGGCCACCCUGAGCUGGAUGAAAGAAAGCUGGAUGGUUUUUGGUAUGACCCUCCUAAGUCCCAGACAAUACCAAACCAGAAGCCAAGACUUGACAGAUAUUUUGGACAUCGCCUAUUCCUGUGGCUUCCACUGCGGCUAUGCAGGAUGGCGCUGACCUGUUUCUUCUGCAAGGUUACUCAUCUGACCAAGCAGGGCCUGUACCGGCUGACCAGGAUAGUGCUAGACAUAGAUGCAUUCUACAUUCUAGCCACUGAGAGUUUGCACUGUGUCAAGUGCAAGAAAAAUCAGAUAGGCUGGAGUGAAGCCAUCUUGGAUCAGCUGGAUCCGGCUACCAGGUCCACGUUUCCGGUACAGAUGAUGUACCAUAGCGCAUGUGACACUCGUGUCAUAUACUUGUUGCGUCAGCGAGGCUUAGGUAACAGCCCUACUCAGCUACAGAAGCAGAUCACUGAGCUUCACAAUUUGAGGUGGACGAAGCAACAACUGCAGUACAUGAACGACUGUUCUUUGUACCUCAAGUCUAUGACAGCAAAGUUGAUUUCCAAAACCGUCUUCGAGGAGCUGCCCAAACAAUCUCAGUUGCCAACAUACCAAUGGUUCCUGCGUGUUUACCAUCAGGAGGUUUUGUCUCGAGCAGAAGAGGUCAAGGCGGCUUUGACAACCAUCUUUGGUCGAAUUUUAAAGAUGGACUCUACUAAGAAGGUGACCAAGAAGCUGGCAGGUGAAGCUGCUCGGACGGCAGCAUGGUCGACUAACGUUGGCAAUGAACAUGGCCAGGUGCUAAUGAGCGUUAUGACAUCAAUUGAAGGGUGUGGGUUAGACGACAUGGUGAAAGGUCUCGUAAAACGCUAUUCCGAGGCUGAUGUCCUACCACCAAUCCUGCUGUACACAGACUGCGACUGUUGCGGGAAGUCAGCACUGAUGGACAUUUUCAGGACAGCUUGGCCUGACCUUGUGGUGCGAUUAGACGUGUGGCACUUCAUACGGCGUCUUGCUGUUGGGGUCACAACGGACACCCACAGACUGUACGCGACAUUUAUGGGUCAGCUUUCAGCAGCCAUCUUUUGUUGGGACAAGUCUGACCUGAAUCUUCUCAAAGAAGCUAAAAGGCAGCAGCUUAUACAAGCCAACAUCACGGACCCGUCUGACUCAGAUGUCUCUGUCCGUUUAGACCGUAAGGAGUUGUCCCUGCACUGUCGUCGGAUGACUCGAAGCACAGAGGUCAUCAGGGAGCGUAUCCAGGCUGUCUUGGAGUUGUUCGGUGGUGACUCAGGAAGGGAUACCAUGGGUGUACCACUGUUUCAUGAGCGUAUCUGGGAGCUCUGGAAACAGCAGCAGAAGCAUGUAGAGUGCAUCCAGGACCCUAAAGGUGUACAGCUCUACACUCAGACGGGCACGCUGAAGAAGGGUGGCGUGGUGUUGCCUGUGUAUCGCUGUGCACGAGGAUCUACCUCCUUGGAGUCCUUCCAUCUCCACCUACAGCGAUUCAUUCCUGGAACCAGUGCAAGCGCCAGCAACUUCCAGACUUACCUGCUGGAGGGCCUGAUGCGCUGGAACGCAGACCGGCAGAUUGCUGCGACCAGCACUGAGAAGGAGACUGUAUUGUAUGACUCCAGAUUGAAGACAGCAGCCAACAGACUGAGUCAGGAGCUUUUCAACAAGGAUAUCUUCCCGACAUUCCAGCCACCAAACAAAUACACUGAUAAUUUAAAUUUCUAUUUGCUAUUUUAUUCACACAUUUCUCUGACAUUUAUUCUAUAUUAA